CGAUUGCGUGCCCUUCCGCCGCGGGGUCACGUGACGUCCCGUCGGUACCGCAAGAUGGCGGCGCCCAUGUUGGUGCCCGAGCCCCCCCUGGGGAAGCCGAGCCAUCAAAAGUACAGAGCUAUUCUGAAGAAGGAGAAGAGGAAAAAAAAGCGGCAGGCACUUGCCAAACUAAGGGACUCAGAAGCUGCAGAAAAAGAUGAAUCUGUGUCUGAGGAGGAAGAGGAGGAAGUGGAAGAAGAGGAAGAAGAGGAAGAAAAAAAACUUGAGGCAGAAAGACAAAAACUACAUGAACAGUGGUUGCUGAGAGAAGAAAAGGCCCAAGAAGAGUUCAAGCUAAAGAAAGAAAAAGAAGAGGCUGCAAGAAAGCGUCAAGAAGAAGAAGAGAGGAAGAUCAAAGAAGAAUGGGAAGAGCAGCAAAGAAAAGAGAGAGAAGUGGCACAGCAGAAGCAACAGGAGAAGAGAGAGAGAGAGGCAGCUGUGCAGAGGAUGCUGGAUCAAGCUGAAAGCCAGCUGGAGAAUGGUGUGAGUUGGCAUAACCCCGAGCCCCCAGAGAAUCUGGGAACAGAGAAGGAUAGAGCAAAUUGCCCAUUUUAUAUUAAAACAGGCUCCUGCCGAUUUGGAGACAGGUGUUCUCGCAAGCAUAACUACCCCACAUCAAGCAAGACGCUGCUCGUGCGAGGGAUGUUCAUUACUUUUGGCAUGGAGCAGUGCCGGAGAGACGACUAUGACACAGAUGCCAGUCUGGAGUACAGUGAUGAGGAGACCUACCAGCAGUUCCUGGAGUUCUACGAGGAUGUGCUCCCCGAAUUUCAGAAUGUGGGGAAGGUGGUUCAAUUCAAGGUCAGUUGCAACUAUGAGCCUCACCUGCGAGGAAAUGUGUACGUCCAGUACCAGUCGGAGAAGGACUGUCAGGCAGCUCUGGCUCUGUUCAGUGGACGAUGGUAUGCAGGCAGACAGCUUCAUUGUGAAUUCUGUCCUGUGACGAGGUGGAAAACUGCUAUAUGUGGCUUAUUUGAAAGGCAGAAGUGUCCAAGAGGGAAACACUGCAACUUCCUUCACGUAUUCAAAAAUCCUAACAACGAGUUUUGGGAGGCCAACAGAGACAUACGUAUUUCUCCUGAACGGACUCAUCAGUCUAAAAACUCUGAGAGGAGAAACAGAUCGAGCCAUCGUGACGACUAUUACAGCCGGUCCAGGAGAAGGGGCAGCCCAAGCCCAGACCAUUCCUACCGCAGAAAUGGAGAAUCAGAGAGGAAAAAGAGUCGCCGCAAAAACAAGAAGCGGCGCCGCUCGGGGAGGUCGAGGAGUCGAGAGAGGAGGAGGUCUCACAGCAGGGGCAGGAAGAGGAGAGGCCGCAGUCGCAGCAGGAGUCACAGUCAGACACGCAGCAGGAGCAGAAGCAGGAGUUCCUCUCGAUCCAGGAGCAGGGGUAAAAAGAGAUCAAGCAGCAGAGGAAAAAACAGUGAAACUCCCAAAACAAAGUGAGAAUUACUUUCAGAAAUCGCUAAUUGAUAAAAGUGGAGCUGACAAAUCUUCCCAAUAGGGCACCAGAUAUAUUUGAAUUUCAAAUAAAGUGUUCUUGCACAUUAAAAUGUUUCUUCCUAAUAAAGGAACGUAGUUUACUGUGUGCGAAGCUUGAGAAAAUUUAAAGUCCUAUAGAAGGUGUGAAUGUCAAGUAGUCUAGCUACUCUGUCCCUCUGAACUGCUGCAACACCUGGAUGCACACUGAGUACAAAUAGAGAAGUGAAGCCUCUUUGGUAUAUGCUUAUUUCUGUUAUGUGUAUGUUAAGUGUUUACUGUUCCUGUAAGGAGUUAGUACCGAACAGCCAGUGUGCAGUAAAUUGACACCCCAGAACACUGCAGAUCCAGGUCUGUGUAGAUGACUGCCAUUUGUAUUUUUCAUCUGUUUAUUGGAAAUUGCUUUUUAGACAAAGAAAAUAUCAUCGUUUUAUGAGUUGGAGAAAAGGGAUCUCAAAGACAUCACUAUUUGAUUGUACAGUACUUGCCCAGUAGGAGCUUUUUGGUCAUGAGUGCUGGAUUUUUCUUGACCCUGACUGAGCUGCUGAGCUGAUCGCUUGUAGGGAUUGCAGUAGACUAAAACCAAGUAGAAGUACACAGAGAAACAAUCAGUUUAUUCAGUACCUUAAUCCCCAAGUAAGACUGGAGACCAUGCAACUGUAGUCCUUGAAUGAGGUUAGAAAUACUUUGCAUACCUCUUGGUUGCACACCACUUGUACGUGAAAACGACCUGCCUACCUUGUGCUGGAGGGGUGAAAAGUGUCCCAUCUGGGAACCAAAGAUGUGAUUGUGAAGGCUCAGUCAAGAUGGCUGCAGAGUGGCUGAAGAAACUGAAGGGUUUAUACAUGAAAGAACACUUCAUGGUUUUGGGAGAGGAAGACUUGACUUAGAGCCUUUUUAGGUUUAUUUUACAAAUAGUUUAAGGCACCCUACUGCCUUGCUUUCCUACGGCCAAGCUGAAGAGUAGGGUACAUAAAAAUGAAUUUAUUGGGACAAAACCUUCUUCAAAUGACAGCUACAAUAGCAAAGUACCUGCAGUUAGAUAAAUCUUUACCAAUAUUUUUUCACUUUUAUUUAAAAGAUUUGUGCUCACAUGGCUUAUCUUCAACUUUUAACGUGGGCACCUCAGUGUCCUCAGACACUUGUGGCACGAAGGUGCAGGUGCCCUAAUGGUCUGUAGAGAUACCUCCCUGUCUUUAGCCUCUCCAAAGAACUGGGCUCCUGCCUUCAGAGAACCGAUCAGACCCCAUGAGUUAAAAGCCUAAAGCAGGCAUGAAGUGCUCCCAAAUAGGAAUUCCUUACAACUCCCAGCAACGUAACAUAAACUCCCUUAGAAAAUAUAGGUAUCUGAACUUUACCAACAGCAUUCCUCACAGCAAGAAUGUUUUUCCCCAGGAUAGUUAAGAUCAAGUGAACAUUGCUUCUGGAUAUGAUCUAUAUAUAUUUUUGCUUUUCUAAAUGCAUAGUGCACCUAGCAUGCUGAUUAUACAUUUUUCCUUCUUUCUUCAUGUGUAACUUGUCCAAUAUGGAGUAAUACUACAAAAGCGAUGUUCAGUUCAAACCCAACUUUCAAGAUAUAUUGUUAUAACUGUAGGCAGAGCUUAGUUAAUUUGAUUAAAUGUUUUAGUUAUUAACAGAUGUAGGAAUUGUAAUUAGCAUAACUUUUGAAAUAACUUUUUUAAAAGGCAUAUUUCAAAGGACAGACAGCACGAAGUUUUUAAUUCCAUUUGAGAAAUUUGUUACUGCCAGUUUCUUAUAAUGUAUCUUUUUCUCACCACACCUUAGAGACAAAUUCUCUGCGGUUCCUGGUUUUUUUAUAGACGCUCAGUUGCCUCGCUGGGUCACUUGCACCACAUGUGGCAAACUCUGAUUCAGUUGGCCACCAGCAGGCCGGUUACAUCCUCCAUUCCCUGGGCUGCCCUGCUUCCCACAGCUCUCUGGUGGGAGAGCUGGCUUGUGCCCGUGCAGAUGCUGUGCACCCCAUGUCAUACAGACAGAUGUCACAGAGCAUUAUCCCAGAAAAAUCAGCUGUCCAACUCAAGGAAAAGUGGUGGAGUGGGUGGUGGGAACCUGUGACCAGUCAGAUGAAAUAAGCAAACCAGGCCUCCGUGGGAUUAGAAACUAAGUGCCCACUAACAACCACAUGAGAAUUCCAUGGGUGAUUAGGCUCCUUGUCCCCACAGUUUUGCAAUAGGAUUUGGGAAGCUGAGUGGCUGUAUUAAAAAAAAAAAAAAAAAAAAAACUUGCUCAGAAAUGCAUGUAAAAAUUUAAAUAUACUUUAUUUCUGCUACUACAAUGGCUGAAGCUUCAGCUUGUUUUUCUUGAGGUCUGGACCUAAACGUGCUGGCUGUACCUGUACAGUGUAGGACUGGUAGCUGUGAUUUCCUUGCACUUUCGCACACUGUUUAUUAUACUGAACUUGAGUGCUACGGAUCUGAUAUUUAGCUUGCAUUUGUUAGCAUGAAACCUGGGAUUCCACCAGUUUUCUAACUUUGGAGUUCAUAUUUUUCAGUAUUGUUUCUCUGCUUCAUAAUCUUAAGUAGUGUUAUAUGCAUGGUUUUGUGUUUCCUUAUUAUUAUGAGUGAGCUAUUUUAUUCUGCAGAGACAAACAGAUUAGAAGUUUUUUUAAUGUUAAGCUUAAUUAUUUUCUUUCCCAAAGGGAAAAAGCCCCAGAAGAACACAAAAAGAUUUCAAUUUGUAAGGAACAGCCUAUUCCCAUUGUGUGUUAUUCCACAUAUUCCACAGAAAAGGACCUUAUAAAGUGAAUUAAUGUGGGCCAAGUUUUGUUUUGACUUCAAAGACUACUUAAAAGCAGCAGCUUUCAAAAUACUUUUUUUCAGUUGUGAAUUCUGCAGGGAUCAUGGAGGUGCUUUGGAGUAAUUCUGGCAUUUACACACAGGUUCAGGGUGGCAGUGCCAGGGCCUGCCAGAUGCCCUACUUCAGUCAGGAUGGUGCUGCCCUGCCCUUCAGUAGAGGAGGAACAGCUCAGCCAGGCAGCACAAGAGAAACCCCUGUAGGCAAGGGCACUGUUGCUGCCCAGCAGAAUUAAGGCAUCAGGGAACUGGGCUUGCCCCCUCACAGCAGAGUGCCUUCCCUCCAACUGUAGCUGGUGGCCACUUCUGUGGGAUUUCAUUCCCUGUCUGCCUGUCCAGAGUAGUGAACCCCUGUCAGGGGUUGAGGAGGGGUGGCACGUGUCUGUGUGUUGUAUACAAGGCAUUUCUUGUGGACACCCAACAAGGCCUUCCUCUCUGGCCCCAGCCCUUGUGUAUAAGGCACAUUGUCCAAAAUGCAUCCCAAGUGACUUCUCUGCCACUUUUAUGCCCAUGAUGGCAGCAUGGUCGUUUUGCAUCCAGUUUUGCAUUAGCACGUUCAGUGUAUUGGAAACUGCCCGCCGGUUUACCAGUGACAUUCCUGUGCGCUAAAUAACUUGGUUUUUUUCUAAAGACAUGCAAGAGAUCCUAAAAGAUCCUACUGCUUCCUGUCCUGGAUCAGCACUUCUUAAAAAACAUAAAAGAUGGAAGUUUAUGAUAGUUAACAACCUAAAAGCUUAAUUUACUUUCUUACAUAAUCCAAAGAGUGAAGCUCAUUUUGCUUUCACUGUAAGCUUGUAAUUAAAAUGAACCCAAAUUAUUCCACAUACGCUCCUGCUCAGCACUGAUGCAUCAGGUGAACUGAGUAUCUAUGGCUGAAAACCAAAACUGAUGUGACAUGGACGGGUAACACUUUGUCGAGGCAUGGGACAGAAUGCAAAGCAAGCUGGACAACAUAACCCAUGGUAUGUGGGAGCUUGACAGAGGCAGCCACAGGGUGACCAUCCUUGUGACCUUACCCAAAAGAACAGCGGAAAUUUAGGAAAGCCUCUUUGAGUUAAAGACUUAAGUCAGUGAAGUUGAAGACACUCAAGACAACAAUCAACUUGCCUGGACAAUCCAGAAAUUCCUACUUAUUCUUUAGCUCUCCCCAACCGUUCCGCACAAGACAGGAAAUUAAAAAACCGGAAUUUCAUUUCAAAUUGAUUUCAGAAAUGCCUGAAGAUGUUAAUUUUUCCCCAUGCUUUUGCUGAUAGCAUGAAGAAGUUCAGUUCUUUUAGAAAGGAGGAGAACAGAUUCAUCUGACAUAUUUUUGGUUGAGACCAGGAUUGUAAACAUUGCAUUGACUUGUUCAGAAUUCUAUGAAAAGAACUGAACAUUCAGUCUCUAUUAUCCAGAAAUCUCUUUCAACAUGUGGUUUAAUUUUCAAAUGAAGUGGUACAACCCCAUCAAUUUAACAUCCACUUAAAUAAAUUUCAUGUUUAAUGUGGCAAGCUUUCCAAAAACUUGCUAAUUUAUUGCUUUCUCUACAAUUUAAAUUGAUGUAAAUAACCAAACUUGGACAGAGUAUCCUCAACAUUUUUUAAUGAAGUGCUCAAGAACAGGUUAAGCACUGUAAUAAAAUUUCCCUUUUUUUUAAGCCAA